AUGAAGUCACUCGAGGCUGAGAAAGAUCGCGUUCAACUACAGAAAGUAUCCAUCCACAGCACAUGUGAGUUUGCCAAACAGCUUGUUCAACAUGGCUCCCACACGGAGGUGAUGACACACGCUAAAAAUAUCCAAGCAAGGAUGAAAGAACUGAACAAUAUCAGACCCACCGUACAGGUAAAAACAAUAGAGAUCACUUUCAGUAAAGGAAAACUUCCAGUGGACUUCUUUGGUCGUGUGACCAUGUUAGAAUGGAUAGAUGAGUUUGAAAGCAGUGUGAACUAUGUAUGGGACAUAUCGUGCAGUCAAAGUGGAACAAUGUAUUUAGUUUCUGUUUUAUCGGGUAAACUUACAGCAAUAUCACCAUCUCAUGAGGUGAUAUUUCAGGUUGAUGUACCACGUCCUAGAGGUGUCACCGUGCUCAGUGAUGACAGACUGGUGGUUACAUGUUAUGAUGGAUGCCGAGUGUAUUCUUCCUCCGGGAAACAUGUCAAAACAUUUGGUCAGGGUGACGUGCCUGGUCUCCGGGGUGUUACAGUGGACAACAAUGGACACAUACUUGUCUGUGACAAGAACGAUAAAUGUAUCUGUGUGUAUGACGCUGUGCAGUACAGUCUUAUCAAUAAGAUCAGUGUUCCUAUGCGUAAUAAUCCACAAUACAUUGCAGUGCUCCCAUGUCGUGACACCAUUGUGGUGAGUGACAUAGGGAGACACUGUGUAUAUGGAGUAACCCCCCAGGGUGAUGUAGUGUUCCAGUAUGGUACACCAGGUGAGAGAGGCUCAGGUGAUGGAUAUCUGAACUCCCCCAGUGUAGUGUGUACAGACAGCGUGGGGCACAUCUUCAUUGCUGACAAAUGGAAUCACAGGGUGGUUGUUCUGACCUCAGAUGGUCAACUGUUGAGAUACGUGGUGGGUCCACAACAGGUUUUAAAGCCAGUGGGUGUGACCAUUGAUAACAAAGGACAGCUUGUAGUGGGGGAGUAUGGAGGCAAGGUGAAAACAUUUCGCUAUGUUCAUUAA